AUGAAAAGCAAAUCAAUUUUAUUAAUAUUAGCUUAUUUUUUAUAUUUCUCAAAUUGUGCUGAGAUUCUUUGCAUUUUUGUUGUGCCAGUGCAUAGUCAUUUGUCAGUUUAUAAUGCUGUGACUAUGGAAUUGUUAUCGCGUGGCCAUAAAAUUACAUUAAUAAGUGUAGAUCCAAGAGAAAAUGAAAGAAAUCAUGUAAAUGUCACUCUUAUUGAGCUAUUGUCAUUAAAAGAAACUUAUGAGAGUCAGGUUCAACACUUUUUACUCAAACCUAGUCGCUUUUUUGACCACAAUCCAUUUUUGGAAAUUUUAUCAAGUGUUUUUAAAAAUAAACAUUUUUUAAAUCUGUUAAAAAAUGACAAAAAAUUCGAUCUUCUUUUGAUGGAAUCUUUUGGAUUCUCACCAUUUAAUGCAUUAGCUGAAUAUUUCAAUGUGCCAACUGUUAGCAUCACAGCAGGAGAUGCACUGUCAACUGAGCAUGAAAAUAGAGGAAAUGUGAUUAAUCCAGUUGCUCAUCCAGAUCGAUUACUCGAGUUCCCAUUCGCAAAGACAUUUUCAGAGAGACUUCAAAGCAGCAUUUACUGGCUUACUUUCAAAUAUGUAGUUAUGCCUUUGCUGAUUGUUAAGUGUGAUGAAAUCACUGAAAAAUACUUUCCAAACAAUAAAGUCAAAAAGUAUUAUGAUUUAACAAGUAAUGUUGAUUUACUUUUGAUUAAUGCACAUCCUGUUAUGGGAUUUAUUCGUCCAAUUCUACCAAAUACUAUUCCACUUGGAUUUCUUCAUAUCUAUCCUCCUCAACCUUUACCAGGAAUACUUCAAGAAAUUCUCGAUAAGAAUACAAAUGGAGUUAUCUUUGUAAGUUUUGGGACUGUAUAUAAACCAAACUACUUUCCAAAUGUAGUUCAAAAAUUAUUGACAGCAUGUGAGAAUUUACCAUACUUAUUUCUGUUUAAGUAUGAUGGUGUGUUAGAUAAUGUACCCAAAAAUAUGAUAAUACAGAAAUGGUUUCCGCAGUCUGAUCUAUUGGCUCAUGGAAAUAUCAAGCUGUUCAUAACACAAGGGGGUCAACAAUCAAUGGAAGAAUCUAUAUUACGCCGAGUUCCAAUGCUGAUUAUGCUAAUAUCAAGUGAUCAACGAGCUAAUGCAAUCCGAGUAGAAGAUCGACAAAUUGCUAAAGUUUUAGACAUCCAUAAAAAUGACAAAAUUAAUUCAGAUGACAUCAAGAACUCGAUAUUGGACUUGGUCAAUAAUAAAAGAUACAAAACAAAUAUCGAAAACUUAACAAAACUUGUAGAAGAUGUUCCAAUGACGUCACGUGACAAGGCUGUUUGGUGGAUAGAAUAUGUUAUCAGGAAUCGUGGUGCAAAGCAUUUCCAUUACGAGCAGAAAAACAUUCCAUUUUAUCAAUAUCAUUAUUAUGAUGUUAUUGCAUUUAUAGGAGCUGUUAUUGUGUUGAUUAUUUUAAUUUUUAUGGUAAUUUUAAGACUUAUUGGAAGAUUUUUUGAGAUGUUAAGAAAUUUCAAAAUUAAAAGAGACUAA